AUGGGUGAUCAUCAAGAUUACAUGCUUCAAGAAGACGCCGCCGAGUCGGGGAGAGUGAUUCAGAGGCGACGUCGCCCCCCACUAUCUUGCACUGAAUGUCGACGACGCAAGCUAAAGUGCGACCGCUCCCUUCCAUGUGGACAAUGUGUCCGCUCAAAAACAGCGGAUUCCUGUGUCUUUGUUGGCCCUCAGCCGGGAGAGACAUCGGGAUCUUCACAACGCAUGUCGCCCCCAGUUUCCCGCAUGCGACUACCCAACGGCCAGGACGAGCAACCAGGAAGUACGGGUGGCAUGUUUGUUUUUGACUCGAAAAUGGGUCCCAAAUCAACUUCAACUCGUGUCUCCAAGCGUGGCCAUCAAGACGAGCUCCAUGAGCUCCGACAGCGAUUGCGCACGUUGGAGCGUGCAUUGGCAAAGCCUGGGACUGCCAUUCAAACACCAGAAACCUCCAUUUAUGACACCUUCUCUGAGGUGACUACCUCUCAAAACAGCGUUGAAGGUGCUGGCGUCGAUGACCGGGUACGGUUCCUGCCCGACUGCAGCUUCCGAGGCAAAAAAGGCAAGACCAGAUAUUUCGGCCGCAGCCACUAUAGCACGACGGUAUCAUUUUUCCAAGAUAUCGGCACAUUCAUGCGGCGCAGCCACAAGACUGUCAAGGACAAAGAAUAUUGCGACAUGAAAAAGUUCAAGUUCGAGAUGUGGUCGCGUGAAAGUCAGGAGCACCAGCGAGCUUUUCGAGAGCAGGCUUUCAAACUCGACGUGAUGGUGCCAUCGCGAACCGUUGCAGACCGGCUGCUUCAGCUAUAUCUGGACACAUUCGAGACCACCUUUCGAAUUCUGCAUGUCCCAAGCUUUCUCAAACAAUACGCCGACUACUGGGCUAACCCCCAAAAGCCAGAUAUGGCCUUUGUUGCCCAGCUACUGGCAGUCAUGGCUGCAGGCAGCCGAUUCUAUUCGCAAUCUCCAGAACGAGAUGAGCGGGACACUUAUCAAAAGCCAGCAAUGAAGUGGAUCAUGGCAGUCCAGUCAUACAUUUCUUGCAAUUUUGUGAGCCCUGAUAUUGACUUCAAGAUGAUCCAGACACAGACUCUUCUUCUAGUCGCUCGACUUGCUAUUGCUAGCGAUGGCGACGUUGCCUGGGCUUCCUCGGGCUCCCUCAUUCGAUCUGCGAUGACAAUGGGACUGCACCGUGAUCCGACACGGUUCCGUAAAUCGACCACUCCAUUUUGGUCGGAGCUUCGACGUCGACUGUGGACCACGAUUGUGGAGAUCGAUCUCAAGAUUUCUCUUGAUCGUGGGGUUCCCCCGUCAGUGGACCUGGAUGAGUGUGACUGCGAUCCCCCAUCCAAUUGGGAUGACUCCGAAUUAUACGAGAACAUGGAGAACAACCCAGCCCCUCUGAGCACCGCACGAUACACGCGUAACUUCUACCAAUGCCUACUUUCAAAGACAUUGGAGCUUCGAUAUCGCAUCGCCAAAAAGAUCAAUACGUUACGUUUCGACUUAUCAUAUGAUGAGACGCUGCGAAUGAGCGAGGACAUGUUUCGAUCAAUGAAAACUGCGUCUGAUCUUUUCGAUGACAAUGCAUCGGGAAUUAAUCCCUCUGACGCGGCUCGACAUCGAUUUGCUCAGUCUCUACAUCUCUUCAUAAUGCGCAAGUUCUUACUUGCCCUCCACCGCCCUUUCUGUCUGAGCGUCGUGCGACUCCCGAAAUGCUCCUACUCGCGGAAAGUCUGCCUUGAAAAAUCUCUUGAGAUUCUAUCGCAGAUGGAGCUUCCCACCCCUGCCGACCCGAUACUAUACCCACAUAUAACGCAACUCGGAAGUGGGAUGUUCUGCGACGAAACUUUCCACGCAGCUAUUACGGUUUGUGUAGAGCUAUCCCUCCAAGCCCAAGAGAUGAGUCAAUCAUCCGGUCCAGCGAUGGAAUGCAUGCACACGAGUGUGCUACUCAGCAUGGUUCAAUCGCAGCAAAACGUGAUGCUGCAAGCAGUUGAGCGUGCCCUGGAUGACUUUGGACGAAGAGUGGGAUGUGGCACUGGAAAAGGAACAAAGCCAUACUUUUUCCUGGGUCUGAUUCUAGCAUCAGUCAAGUCUCGCAUUAAGGGAGAAGAUCCCUUCCAUAUGAUCGAGGCAGCAUCCAAACGAGCUGUUCGUGUUGGUCGAGGCAUCGUGAGCGGCCUCUCGUAUGACGAGGCGUUGGCGAGUGCGGACCGACCGCCUCCACAGGUGAGAUAUCCAUUCUCUUCUUCUUAUGAAGCUGCUUUGCUUAUGUGGAAUUAUCAGCCUGCUAUUUCUCUGGAUGGUCCGAUAGAGACGACUCCUCUUUCUGUUUCUUCUAUUGAUUUUGAUUUCCCUUCUUUGUUGUCUGCGGACUUUAGUGAUUUUGCGCCGCUUGAUUUGGGAGGUUGGUUUGAGGGAUUGGAUACCAGUGGAGCAGAGCUCUGGGACAACAAUCUUUUUGCAGACCUGCCACAGAUUUGA